UUGGUUUGUUAUUGGUUUACGGUUCGUAACGGGUUAACAUUAAUUGGUUCUGUUCGGUUUCGGUUUGACAUUAUACGGUUCAGUUCGGUUUUCGGUUUAAAAUUAGCGGGUUAUAAACGGUUCGGUCCGUGAUGGUUCGAUUCAGUAACGGACGGUUUCACGGUUCGGUUUGAAAAGUCCCACCCCUAGUUGAACUAGAUGCUAAACUUGUUUGGUAAACCAAAUUCUCAACAAGUUCAGCCUUCGACUCCUCUCUAAGUCUUAACAAGUCAAGCUUUUCCGCGAUAGAAAUGAUUCUUGGAAUCAACUCAUCCCGUACUCUAACAACACUAUCCAUCGCGAUUUCACUCUCAUCGCGUAUCCCCUCCCAAACCAUCAAUAUAUAUUCGUCACGCAGCAACAUAUCAAGAUUCUGCAUGCUCAGAGGUGAUUCUGAUAGAAACACAGAUCAGUAUUACAAGAACAUGAUCAAAGAUAAUCCUGGAAAUGGCCUGCUUCUGGGAAACUAUGCCAGAUUUCUGAAAGAGGUUAAAGGUGAUUUGGCCAAAGCAGAAGAAUACUGCAAACGAGCAAUACUGGCAAAAGCUGAAGAUGGGAAUGUACUCUCUCUCUAUGGGGAACUAAUAUGGCAAAUCAGCCAGGAUGUUACUCAAGCUGAGACUUAUUUUCACCAAGCUGUUCUCUCUUAUCCUAAUGACAGGUACAGUGUAUACGAGGCAGAAACCUAGCAAUAUUAUUCCUUACCUAUUUAUCUGAACUUUACACAGCCUCAAUUGGACUCAACUCGACCCAAAAAUUCAAUGUGUGAUAAAUAUUUACUGUGACUCGGCCUGAACAACAAACCCAGGCUGACCUGACACCGCACCAAAUAACUCAUAUCUCGAAUAAGACCUGGCUAAUAUCCAAACACACUUGAGCCAAAUAAAAACUGAAUCAAGCAACCCAUUUCUCACCUCUAAUAGGCAAUGACUGGGUGAGUAAUUUGACAUUCAAAUCAAGAUGGUUUUCAGUAUUCUGUUCUAUAAGUUUUCUUGCAUGCAUCCUGGUAUUUUUCCUGAUACAACUCUGCAAUAAUGUCAAUGCAAUGCAAUUACAU